CUUUGAUCUUCCUUACAAACAAAAACAAAUAUUGUAAAUAGAACGUAAAGGAAAAGAAUUAUUCAGUGCCCUUAUGAUGUGUUUACACAAUGUGUGAAGAUAACCAGACGGAAGCAGUAGAAGUUGUACUUUUGGGGUUCAGAGAACUUCAUAACUUUAAAAUAUUACUCUUCACUCUGAUCCUGCUAACGUACAUGGUGAUAAUGACUGGAAACCUGCUCAUUGUACUAGUGGUGUCCACCAGCACACAUCUCAAUGUUCCAAUGUUUUACUUCCUAAAGCAUUUGGCCUUAGCUGAUGUGAUAUUCACCACCAGCAUCGUCCCAUUUAUGAUCCAUGUUAUACUGAUGGGAGAGAAGACAAUGUCAGUUACUGCAUGUACAGUUCAGCUCCAUUUUAUUUGUGUUUCUGCAAGUGUACAAUGCUUUCUUCUUGCUGUAAUGUCAUUUGAUCGAUACAUGGCUAUCCGCAAGCCUUUGAACUACAUAUUAAUAAUGACUCCUAGACUUUGCCUGCUAUUCGUUGCCGUAUGCUGGUCAUUGCCUCUUACUUUACUUUCAAGUGAAUUGUUUUUGAUUUACCAAUUUAAAUUCUGUGGACGCAAUUAUAUUGACCAUUUCUUCUGUGAUUUUGCUCCUCUUGCAAAACUGACUAUUUCUGACCUAUCCAUCUACACAGUAUUAGAUGUAUGUGUCUCCAUUGCUUUGAUGUGCAUCCCAUUUGCUUUUAUAAUAAUUACUUAUAUAUUAAUUUUCUUUUCCUUUAUAAAAAUUCCCUCUGUAACUGGAAGGAAAAAGUUCUUUUCCACUUGUAGUUCCCACUUGUCCUCUGUGUUUACAUAUUACGUGACCUUAAUAAUAAUUUAUAUGGUUCCAUCAGAAGAAGAAUCUAAAAAUAAGUUCAGAUCGUUAUUGAUUAUGUUAGUGACUCCAUUGAUGAAUCCCAUAAUAUACAGCUGGAGGAACAAGGAAAUUAAGGGAGCUCUGAAAAAGUUACCUAUGACUGUUUUCUUAGCUUGUUGA